AUCAGACAAGUUUAACAAGUAUCAAUUGUGUUUCCCAACAAGUUUCAAUUGUGUUUCCCCCGAAAACCCCUGAAACUUCCAAAAACCAUUGAUUAUAUGGAAUUUCCACCCCACUUUGAGAUAGAAAAUUAGUGACAGAAGAUCAGAGUUAAAGAAAUAGGCAGGAAAAAUGCAAGGGCUGAGAACGAAAUUAUUCCAGAAGUUCUCCCUCAAUCAAACUAUCCGUCGAUGCACAUAUUGUACAUCGAAGGUUUUUGAUGCGGGACAACCAACUGCCAGUUCUCAUCCUGAUUUAUUAUCAGAAGGAGAGAUAACACCUGGAAUUACAGCUGACGAGUACAUAACAAGAAGAAAAAGAUUGUUGGAUCUGCUUCCAGAAAAGAGUUUAGCUAUAAUUGCUUCUGCCCCAGUAAAGAUGAUGACCGAUGUUGUUCCAUACACAUUUAGACAGGAUGCUGACUAUUUAUACUUAACUGGAUGCCAGCAGCCUGGUGGAAUUGCAGUCCUAAGUCAUGAAUCUGGUCUAUGCAUGUUUAUGCCAGAAUCGGAUCCUCAAGAUGUUACAUGGCAGGGUCAAAUUGCUGGAGUAGAUGUAGCUUUGGACACGUUCAAGGCUGAUAAGGCGUUCCCUAUGAGCAAGAUGCGCGAGGUCCUUCAAAACAUGAUUCGACGAUCAUCCAAAGUAUACCAUAACCGGAAUACUGCUCUAUCAGCCUAUAAGGAUUUGGAGCCCUUCCGCAAAGCAUCUAUCAGUGGCAAAGUGAAAGAUCUUUCAGCAUUCACCCACGAGCUGCGGUGGAUAAAAUCACCAUCAGAACUUAAGUUGAUGAGAGAAUCUGCAUCAAUUGCUUGUCAGGCUCUUUUACAAACAAUGUUAUUCUCGAAAACUUCACCCCAUGAAGCUAUGCUAGCAGCCAAGGUUGAAUGCGAAUGCAGAAUGAGAGGUGCUCAAAGGAUGGCGUUCAACCCAGUGGUUGGUGGUGGGCCAAAUGCUAGUGUUAUACACUAUUCCAGAAAUGAUCAAAAAAUCAAAGACGGGGAUCUAGUUUUGAUGGAUAUUGGAUGCGAGUUGCAUGGCUAUCUCAGUGAUCUUACUCGUACAUGGCCAACAAGUGGACACUUUACCCCAGCUCAAGAAGAGCUUUAUGAUCUUAUCUUGGAGACAAACAAAGAAUGUAUAAAGCUUUGCAAACCUGGUAUUAGCAUCCGCGAAAUACACCACUCUUCAGUCCACAUGCUCUGCAAAGGACUUGCGGAGAUUGGGAUCCUACAACAUAAAUCUGAUGUUCAGAAUUACAGUAAACUGAAUCCCACUGCUAUAGGUCAUUAUCUUGGAAUGGAUGUGCAUGACUCUUCAGCAAUCAGCACUGACUGUCUUCUGAAGCCCGGUGUUGUCAUAACAAUCGAACCGGGGAUUUACCUUCCAUCUUCCUUUGACGUGCCAGACAGAUACAAAGGCAUUGGGAUAAGAAUCGAGGAUGAAGUUCUUAUCACAGAAACUGGAUACGAGGUCCUAACUGGGUCAAUGCCUAAAGAGGUUCAGCACAUCAAGUCAUUGUUAAAUGACAUGUCGACACCAAGAGGGUAGCAUCAUCCAGUUGACACUUGCAUGUGCCAUUUUUCCCGAAGGAUUCGUGUUGUGAAUGUAAAAGAAGGUAAAGUUUUGCCUUGAACUUGAGAUGAAAACACUCCAUUCUUUGUAGUGCAAUGAACAAUAAUUAAGAGAAAUGAGUUCUUAUUUUCUACUUAUUAAGUUGGAAAAUUUCCAGCUUUUUUGGUGAA